GAAAAUUUAGAUUCGAUUUGCACAUUUAAGCUGAUCAUCUAAAUCAAUAUAUAAUAGGAUUUUGCAAAAAUAGUACAUGCCAAAAUUAAAGACCCUACUGUCAUUUUUGUUUGCCUCGACAUGCCCAACUUCCUUACAUCUUAAGAACCAUUAUUUGAAAUGGAUUAAGGAAAGAAUCCUAAAAUCGCACUUAAUAGUCUAAUAAAUAUAUUCCUUCCUUUCAAUAACUUUAAUAUAUAAUAAUUCCAGCAAUUAGGACUAUCUCAGAUUGACUAAUUAAUAUUGCAGUAGUAGAUUGCUUUUCAAUCAUAUCUUAAGAUUGCUUUUGGAUUGAUAAUAAAUGUGAAAGGAAACAAUUUCAUCAUGCUUCGAUUGAUUACAUACAUUCAGACUUAAAUUACAUGGUAAUUGCAUUGUAAAAAUAGGAUGAAAAUGCGAAACUGCAAUUCACUUUUUGGAAGAGAUAUUUACAACUCUGCAAACUUGUCAAGGUAAUAUAUAAAAAUAUGAAUAAGUAAAGUUUUCAAAGCUGGAAAUCACUUUGGAAACUUCUACUUUCUUAAGCUUCUGAGAUACUUAAAGAAUGCAACAAAGAGAUUGAGAUUGAUAUUUGUAUGAUUAAAAAUCAGCUAAAUACUUGAAGAUAUUCUUACAUAUUGCUUAUUUUAAAUUGUUG